AUGAGUCAAGGCGAUCACGUGUGGAGCACGGACAUGUUGGAAGUCAGCGGCAGACGGGUAGGGGAGGUUGGCGACGGUCCGCUCAUUCCUCUCACCUACUGUGAUGAAAAUGACAUCCACAAGAAGCUCGUCUCUGCCGGACACGACAAGGUUCAUCAAGCUUUGAACAUCCUGCCAAGUUCGUGGAAUGGCGCUGGUGUUGAGUGA